UUCAGAAUCCCACUAUCUCUUCAGAUGUGCGGCGAGGCGUCCCAGUCGCUGCAGCUCGGAUCCGAAAUGUACGCCAGGAAAACUCACUCGCCGGAUGUCUCUCUCAGUUCCGGAGAGCCGCCCGCGUCCGUGAACGCAUCACAACUUCAGCCGGCGCGCCGGAGAAAGUGAAGCCGGCGCCAGUCGCUGGCUGCCGGGCUUGGGGUGGUGUUGCUUGGCGGUGGUGGUGGUGGUGGUGGAGAUUAGAGGCGAGGAGAUCCCCCCUUUUUUUUGGAAGGAAGAUUACAGGCUUGGGCACAUGUGAAGGACACAACAGAAUUAGGAAUUAGGUCAUGCGCGACCUACCUGCCGUCUUUAUUCUACUGAACAUUUGUGCCACGAUGACCUUUGGCGCACUUGGAAUAAAGCGGACGCACCUGUGAGGUGUGUUUGUUUGCUUCGAGCAAAGAUGUGGUGUCAUCAACCAAACUCCAAUCAGGUCGGCAGGCGAUAAGGCUGCACGGAAGAUGCGAAGGGGCCGGUGUUUCAUCAGAUGUUUGGGCUCAGGACUGGCCCUGGUCUAUCUGCUCCACCUGGUCUGGGGCCAGGACACGGACGACUGGCAAUAUGAGGAGUGCAAGUUGUCCCGGCCCGGCCCCCCGGCGACGAUAGUGACCAUCGACGAGGAAAGCCCAAACGGUACGGUCCUGGUGGAGAACAUGCAGAUAAAUGGCCGUGCCCAGGACCCCGGCAGAACCAUCUCUCUGACUUUGCUGGACAACCAGGACUACUGGGUGAUCCUGGAACCCAGGCGACAGAGGCUCUACCUCAACAGCACCGGUCGCGUCCUGGACCGAGAUCCUCCCAACUACAUCAUGACCAUUGUGGUCCAGGUCCAGUGCACCAAUGAGUUGGUCGGCACCGUCAUUUUCCACGAGGUGCGGAUCGUGGUGAGGGACCGCAAUGACAACACGCCACGUUUUCAGCAGCCACGCUACUAUGUGGCAAUCAACGAGCUCACCCCAGUGGGAACCAGCAUUUUCACUGGCUUCUCGGGGAGGAACGGAGCCACGGACAUCGAUGACGGACCCAACGGACAUAUAGAAUACAGCAUUCUUUACAACCCCAAUGAUCCGCCCUCCAACAGCACGGUGAGCGUCGCUAACACCCUAUCGGGACACAUCGUUCUGGCGGAGAGGCUCAACUACGAGGAGAGAACGCGCUACCUUGUUUUGGUCCAAGCCAACGACCGCGCUCCGUACCCUCCCAACAGACGCACCGCCACCACCACCCUGACGGUGGACGUCCUAGACGGGGACGACCUUGGACCCAUGUUCCUGCCUUGCGUUUUGGUCAACAACACCCAGGACUGCAACCCCCUCACCUACCACGCCGCUAUCCCUGAAUUCACUGAACCGAGCAAGUUGAACCCUCUCAACGUGACCCCUCCCAUCCGGGCCGUGGACAUGGACAGAAACAUCCAACCCCCGUCUGACAGACCCGGCGUGCUGUACCACAUCCUGGUUGGCCAUCCAGCCACCUAUCCUAAGUACUUCUCCCUGAACAAGUCCACGGCGGAGCUGCGUGUCCUGCAGCCCAUCAGCAGGGACUUGUUUCAGACCUUCACGCUGGUUAUUAAGGCUGAGCAGGACAACGGUCACCCGCUGCCGGCCUACGCCGACCUGGUGAUCCAGAUCCUGGAUGAGAACAACCAGGCGCCGUUCUUCCAGUUCAUGACCUAUCAGGGCUACGUGAGCGAGUCGGCGCCGGUGGGUACGACCAUUUCGGCCGGCAUCAACCUCACCUCGCCGCUGGAAAUAAUCGCUCUGGAUAACGACAUAGAGGAGACUCGAGACCCCAUGCUGAAGAUAACCCAAGACGACUACCAGGCCAUAUUCAGCCUGACCUCCGCUGGAAUAAUCCGCUACCUGAGGCUGCUGAAACCCGUGGACCGCGAGAGGCAGAUGACCUACACCUUCACGCUGGUGGCAUCGGAUGGCGUCCAGCAGAGUGGUCCCGUCACGGUCAAUAUCUUGGUCAUCGAUGCCAACGACAACACGCCCACAUUUGCUCAGGUGUCCUACAACGUGGACUUAUUCACAGACAUGCAACCUGGGGAGACCGUGCUGCAGUUAUCAGCAGAGGACGCCGACGAGGGGCUAAACGGUCUGGUGACCUACGAGAUACUGGCCGGGGCCCAGGGACACUUUGUCAUCAAUAACCGCACCGGCCGCAUCACGGUGGCCCCGGGUGUCACGCUCGCUGUCGGACGAUCAUUCGCCCUGACCGUCAAGGCGUCUGAUAAUGCGCCGGAGUCCCUGAGAAGGAGCUCCAUCACCACGGUCUACAUCGAAGUGUUGCCGCCCAACAACCAGAGUCCCCCGCGCUUCCCCUUGGUCAGCUACAGUCUGGAGGUCAGCGAGGCCACCAGGAUCGGAGCUAUCCUGCUCAAUCUGCAGGCCACAGACCGAGAAAACGACCCCAUCACAUAUCACAUUCUCAGCGGGGAUUCCCAGAACCUGUUCAACCUCUCCGAGACGAUUGGACUUCUUAUUCUGGAAAAACCUCUGGACCGGGAAACCACGGACCGCUACCGUCUGGUCGUCACAGCCUCGGAUGGCAACCCCGGAGGGACGUCCACCACGACCGUCGGCGUCGUCGUGACCGACGUCAACGACAAUGAUCCAGAAUUUGAAGACGCCGCGGCGCCCUUGAACUUCACGGUCCAAGAAGAGAAGGCCAAUCUGUUCGUGGGACAAGUCAAGGCCACGGAUCCAGAUGCGGGGGCUAAUGGCCAAGUUCACUACCGCAUCGUGAAUCAUCCUGACUUGUUCGUAAUCAGCGCCAACGGCAGCAUCUACACCCGGGUCCCGCUGGACCGGGAGCUCAGGAGCCGCUACGAGCUGGUGGUGGAAGCCUCGGACGGGGCGGUGGACCCCCGGCGCACCACCUUGACCCUGACGGUGGAGGUGAAGGAUAUCGACGACAACAGCCCCGUCUUCUCUCAGCAGGCGUACGCGGUGAGCGUGCCGGAGAACAGCCCCGUGGGGACGGUCAUCCUGACGCUCAGCGCUGCGGAUGCAGACCUCUUUUCCAACAUCACCUACCGUAUCAAGUCGGAAUCGGCCCGCCGGCUCUUUUCCCUGAACGCCAUAACGGGCGAGCUGGCCGUGCUGCAGACUCUGGACUUUGAGGACCUGGCGGCCAUGGGAAUGACGGGGGCGUUCUUCACCUUCCUGGUAGAAGCCGUGGACCAGGGAAGCACCACGCCGCCGGGGCAGGCCACCGUCACGGUCCGCAUCACGGACAUGAACGACUUCUCUCCAGUGUUUAGCCAAGUCCUGUACAAAGGCAUGGUGGCACCCAAUGCAGAGAAGGGGACAGUCAUCACUACUGUGUUUGCCGAGGACCAGGACCCGCCUGACACUCCGGCCAGUUUGGUCCGCUACAGGGUGGACCAGGACAGGUCACCCUACAGCGGCAGCAUCUUUGACGUGGAGGAGGACACUGGAAGAGUCGUCACUAAAGUCAACCUCAACGAAGAGCCCAGUCUUAUCUUUCAAUUGUUUGUUAUCGCCUUUGACGCCGGUGAGCCUGUGAAGACUAACAGCACAGUAGUGGAGAUCACUGUCCUUCAGCCCUCGCGCAUCCCCAUAUUCACCCAGGAGGAGUACAGGUUUGCGCCCGUCAGCGAGCUGGCGCCGCCGGGUACACCUGUGGGGACCAUUCUAGCUGCCGCCAUCAACCAGACCAUCUACUACUCCAUCGUGGCGGGAAAUGAUUUAGGUCAUUUCCGUGUGAACAACAGAACUGGCGUCAUCUCCACAGCGAAGCCGUUGGAUUAUGAAAAUGUGACCGCUUAUGUCCUGAGGGUGCAGGCUGACUCCCUGCUGGUGGUUAUGUCCAACCUGCGCGUGCCUUCCAAAACAAACACAGCCAAGGUGUUCCUGGAGGUGCAGGAUGAGAACGACCAUCCUCCCGUCUUCUCCAGGACUCUGUACAUCGGCGGUGUGACCGAGGACGCCAAACUCUUCAGCUCGGUGCUCAGGAUCGUGGCCAGCGAUCCAGACACGGGGAACUUCAGUGCCAUGGCGUACCGCCUCAUCAUACCUCCUACGGCAGAGGGACAGGACAGCUUUGUCAUCGAGACCUACACCGGCAUCCUCAAGUCGGCCAUCAUGUUCCGAAACCUGCGCAGGUCUUACUUCAAGUUCGAGGUCAUCGCCACCGAUGAUUACGGGGAGGGUUUGAGCAGCAGCGCCGAAGUGGUGGUGUCCGUGGUCAACGCACUGGACAUGCAAGUCAUCGUGUCCACUGUCUCACCCACUCUGGUUGAAGAGAACAGGGACCAACUCAUAAGCAUUUUGGAGCGCCACGUCCAGGACCAGAUCCCGGGCGCGAAGGUGAUCGUGGAGUCCAUCGGACCACGUCGUCACGGCGAAGGCUUUGAGCUGGAGGACUACAGCAAGUCGGACCUGAUGGUGUACGCCAUCGACCCGCUGACCAACAGAGCCAUUUCCAGACAGGAACUCUUCAAAUUCCUGGAUGGGAACGUUCUGGAAAUCAACAAGGAGUUCCAGCCCUACCUGGGCGAAGGCGGCCGGAUCCUGGAGAUCCGCUCGCCGGACAUCGUGGCGAGCGUGAAGAAAGCGGCCCAAGCAGUGGGCUACACGGAGGGCGCCCUCCUGGCCUUGGCCAUCAUCAUCAUCCUCUGCUGCAUCCCUGCCAUCCUCAUCGUCAUGGUUACCUACAAGCAGUUCAAAGAGCGGCAGGCGGAGUGCGCUAAGACGGCCAGGAUUCAGAUGGCGUUGCCACCGGGCGGCAAGGCGGCACCCACCGCCGCUGGAGGGGCCAACCUGUAUGAAGAGCUCGGGGACAGCAGCAUGCGAGGAGGCUACGGCAGGCCGCAUCAGCAACUGCUGAGACCAUCUCUCCUGAGACCUGAGGAACUCUCCAUGGAGUCCGGCAUCGACCCGGGACAGGACUACUACCAGCAGGACUACUAUAACUACGAUCAAGGGUACGACAUCCCUCAGUACGGCAGUCGCCGGAGGUUGAUAACUCCGAUGUAUGAUGAAUAUGGAGAGGUGAUUAUGGAAGAUGAUGGUUAUUUCUACAGUCCACAUGGCCCAGAGGGGCGCGGCAGAGGCAGGGGCCGUGGCGGCAUGCGGGGCCGGGGUCCACCAAAGAGGGUUGCAUUUAGGGACGAAGAGGAAACGGAGCCAGCUGAACCAGAAGGGGACUCCGAGCCUUCCAAGGCUGCCAAAAGGCUGAAAUCUGUCAUCAAACUCAGCAAACUCCUGGCGGCCAGCAAGAGAGGAGAGCAGCCGUCGACUGCCGCUGGCCCGUCUCCAUGGAAGAAAGCCAGGAUGUUCAAGAUGUUCGGCGUCAAGAAGAAGGAUAAAGACUAUGCCAAACUGAUGUCGGCGCGCCGUAUCGACAGCCAGGAGAGUCUGACUGAUGGCCCGUCACCUGCGGGACCAAUCGACAGCAAGUCGAGCGCCCGAAGCCAGCUCGGCAAAGUUUUGAAGAAAAUCAAGCUGGGCAGGAAGUUGCAGGCCCGUAGAAAGUCGCAGAGUAGCAUAAGUGCCACUGGCAGCGAGAGAGAUGAAGAGGCUUCUCAAGUCACCAGUGAGGAUGAGAAUAAAUCUAAAGUGUCCAUUAGUGUGACGGAAAGUGAACCAGAAGCAGUUGCGAGUGGUAGCAGUAAGGAGAAAGACUCAAAUGAUGAGUCAUCAGAGAAAAGCAGUGUGGACAGAGACUAUCUCAAAGUGGAUUUGGACCGGGACGAUGCCAACGAAAGCACUGUGGACUCAGAAGAAGAGCCAGAUGAAUUGCUGGAAGAAUCGGAUGAGGAAAGCAAGUCUAAGUCUGAGGAAGAAGAAAGUGAAAAGGGAUCGGUCAGUGAGAAAGAAUCAACGACUGGAAAAGAAUCAGAAUCAGAGAAGCCAUCAGGGACAGACAAAGAGUCAGAGACAGAGAAAGAAUCAGAGUCUGAGAAAGAGUCGGAUACAGAGAAAGAGUCAGAGUCUGAGAAAGAGUCGGAAACAGAGAAAGAGUCAGACUCGGAGAAGGAGUCAGACUCUGCCAAAGCGUCUGAUACUGAAAGAGGAACAGAAUCAGGAACAGGGACUGCAACAGAGAAGGACACAAGCACAGAAAAGGGUUCAGAAACAGAGGGUGGUUCGGAUGAGGAUUCAGAGGAAGAAGAGGCAUCAGGAAGCGCUAAAGAAAGUAGGUCUUCUGCACGUUCGUCCAUAAGAUCAUCAGCUACUGAGGCUAGCAAGGCGAGAGGUGGGAGUGGCAGCAGCAGCAUCAGUGGGAGUGGACUGGAGAGUGGGAGUGGAAGUGACAGCAGGAGUGAGAGUGGUAGCAGAACUGUCAGCGGUAGAGGUAGCGUAAGAAGUCAAAGUGCAAGCGAGAGUGCUAGUCUCAGAGGGUCUUUAUCUGGCUCCAGUUUGAGGUCAUCACAGAGAACUAAAACUUCAAGAAGUGCGUUAACAUCAGGGAAGUCCAGCGAGGAGCUUAGCGAGGCCGAAUCAGGAACAGGAACGGUCAGUGAGGUGGAAUCCGGGUCAGGAAGUGAAGGCUCUUGGUCUCGAGGGUACAGUCGCAGAAAAAUGUCCGCUGGUUCAGACUCAAUCGGAGGAUCGUCCACCAGUAGUAAGAUGACUGAAGAGAGUUCUUUGAGCGGCAAGGGAAGACCUGCAAGUACCGUGUCCUCCAGCGGGAGCUUUCGCUCCCAGAAGUCCAUCCUGACUAAUAAGUCUGAGGACACAAUAACGGAGGAAAGUGAAGAAGAAGAGUCUGAGACUGCUGAUGAAAGCAAAGAUUCAUCCGGUGAUAUCAGUAAUGAUGGCGCAUCCAGAAGGUCCAGUGUAGUAUCUGGAGGUCCUGGCCCGUCCAGCCCUUACAGCGGUCUUCCCUAUUCCUCUGAGCUCAGAAGUAUCAGCGGCACUUCUGAAGAGACCUACGCAGGACUGUCCCCAAUUUCCGAGGUGGACGAGGAUGCCAUCUCUUCUGAAAAAUCUUCACCCAGCGGCUCCGGUUUGGAGGCUGAGGACCCAGGAGAAACUGAGGCAACAUCAGAUUCUGACUCGGAGGGCAACCUGACAGCCUUCUAGGACGCACAGUGACUUUGAACUGGUGAGGAAGAAGCGAACGAUGCCGGCGGUGGAUCGGGAGAACGAGACCACGUCCACGGGAGAGGAGAGCUCCGCCGACAACCAGAGAGCGCGGCCCCCCAACAGCUACAGCAACAUCAACGGGAACAUCUACCUCGCCCAGAAC